GAUAGGGAACGGAGAGCCGGCUGGAGGGGCGCGGACUUCGACACCCAGAAGGCCACGCGGUCUCCCUUGCCGCAGCCGUAGAGAGACAGGCGAAGCGAUGGCUUGGAGGGGCUGUUUUAAGUUGGGAGUCCAACUGCGGGGCUCUGCCCCCAAGCGAGCCUGGGGGCGCAGAGGGGUUGCCUCCUGCAUAGACCCUGCCGUGGGUCUGACGGAAGAGCAGCAGGAGUUUCAGAAAGUGGCUUUCGACUUUGCUGCCAAGGAGAUGGCCCCGCACAUGGCUGAGUGGGACGAAAAGGAAAUAUUCCCAGUGGACACACUCCGGAAAGCAGCUCAGCUGGGGUUUGGGGGCAUCUACGUGAAGCCAGACGUGGGGGGCUCUGGACUCUCUCGGCUUGACACCUCCGUCAUCUUCGAAGCGCUCUCGACCGGCUGCGUCAGCACCACAGCUUACAUCAGCAUCCACAACAUGUGUGCUUGGAUGAUCGACACCUUUGGGAACGAGGAGCAGCGGCUGAAAUUCUGCCCCUCCCUUUGCAGCAUGGAAAAAUUGGCCUCUUACUGCCUGACAGAACCGGGAAGCGGAAGUGAUGCGGCUUCGUUGCUAACUUCGGCCAAGAAACGCGGCGACGUGUAUAUUCUCAACGGCUCCAAGGCUUUCAUCAGCGGUGGUGGUGACGCGGACCUCUACGUGGUGAUGUGCCGCACGGGCGGGGGCGGCCCGAAGGGUAUCUCCUGCCUGGUGCUGGAGAAAGGAAUUCCCGGCUUGAUUUUUGGCAAAAAGGAGAAGAAAGUGGGUUGGAAUUCCCAACCGACUCGGGCAGUUAUCUUCGAAGACUGCGCCGUUCCGGUAGCCAACCGGCUAGGAGAGGAAGGCCACGGGUUCAACAUCGCCAUGCAGGGCCUCAACGGAGGGAGAAUUAAUAUCGCAUCCUGUUCCUUGGGGGCCGCCCACGCUUCGGUCCUCCUGGCUCGAGAGCAUCUUAAUGUCCGCAGACAGUUCGGGGAGGUCUUGGCCACCAAUCAGUAUCUCCAGUUCCAGCUGGCUCACAUGGCGACGCGGUUGGUGGCAGCUCGUCUGAUGGUGCGCAACGCCGCCCGAGCUCUGCAGGAACAGCGGAAUGAUGCUGUCGCUCUGUGCUCCAUGGCCAAGCUCUUUGCCACCGAUGAGUGCUUUGAUAUCUGCAAUCAAGCUCUGCAGAUGCAUGGUGGCUACGGCUACCUGAAGGAUUACGCUGUGCAACAGUUUGUGCGGGACAUCAGGGUUCACCAAAUUUUGGAAGGGACCAAUGAAAUCAUGAAGAUGAUCAUAGCCAGGUCUCUGUUACAGGCAUGAGUGUCCGGAGCUGGUCACCGGCCUCUGUGUGCUACAAGCUGCCUUUGAGUGACAGCCAGCUGGGAAGAACAGAAGGCGAUGCAUUUUUCUCCUUGACCUAAACUCCAGAUUUUGCAACAGGCACAGCCUGGCAGAGCUGGAAAAGCACGACAAAGGCGGGCUGGUCUCAAUAGAUCCCUUUGUCCACAAAGUGCCAACGCUGAACAUCUGCAUGUGGGAGUUGUGCGUCAGCCCUCCAUCGCCAUGGGUCCCCGCAUCCCGGCAGCAUCUCCUGGGAAGAAACGGAUCCAUUCUGGAUUUCCCUUAGGCUGGGGAACCCGCUCGUUUUCUUCUUGAAACAUCCUUUCUCUCCAGAAAAAAAGGGCGAGUGGUUUGCUAAAGGGGACAAAAAUAUCUCUCUUAUUUUAUGUUUUUUUCCCCCCUCAAUCUUUUAACCCAGUGAGAGAGUCUUGCUGUGCUCUCGGCAUGUCGAUUUUCAGCAUCGUGAAAAGCAGCAACCUGAUUUUUUUUAUUUUUCUAACUUUUUGCCGCCGUCUUUAGAGAUUCUCAGUCCUCCAGGUCAUGGUUGUCCCAAAGGUGGCUUCUUUUCCAAGCGGCAACUGGACUUUCUGGUUUUUCUUUGAAGAUGUUUCGCUUCUCAUCCAAGAAGCUUCUCCAGCUUUGACUGGAUGGUGGGGAAUGGAAGGAUUUAUAUUGCUUGCAGAAAGCUGGUCAUUUGCAUCCUUUUAGAGGGUCUUUUGUAGGUUUAUCUGUGUCCUAGAUCACUUGAGUGGUGCAAAUGUUCCUGUAGUCUGCAAUUUUUUUCUCUGGAAACCCAUUCCUCUUUCAUGCUUCAAGGACCCUCUAAAAGGAUGCAAAUGACCAGCUUUCUGCAAGGAAUAUAAAUCCUUCCAUUCCCCACUAUCCUGUCAGAGCUGAAGAAGCUUCUUGGAUGAGAAGCGAAACGUCCUCAAAGAAAAAAGAAAAGAAAAUAUUUUUGCCAUCAUGUUAGACGGCCACAGAAAAGCCAAAAAUGAACUUGUUUCCUUUGUGUGUGUGUGUGUGGUCAGAAGCGUCACAAUUAAAAUAAGACGUACUAUAUACCCCACAAAAAUGAAACUCCAAAAUCACAAGAUUAAAAUCUGCACAAGCUUCAACGAACCUUGCCCAGAGUGAAUUUGCAAGCCGCGGAUUAUUUCCUUCCGAAUGUUGGAAUCAAUAAACGCCUCGUGAUUUCUC